UCUCUCCAGGUGCUCCUCUCACGACCUUCUCCAUAUGCUAGAGGUUUCCAGAUAAUGCCUGCGUUCCAAGCCUCUACAUGGAUUCCCUUUGAACUGAAGCAUGGCCUCAUCUCCCUCGCCAGAAACGGAGAAUCCGUCUGGUAACCUCGAGAAAGACGGUGCUUCUGGAAACAGGUGCAGCGGCUCCACUGCUGUCCCUAAUUAUGGUGGACCUACCGACGGCGUAAUACCCCCCAGUGGUUCUAGUGCACCAGAGAGGGCAAGAUGGACACUACGCAAGAAGUACCAAGAGGGCGAGGAGACCCACUGGUGGUUCGCUUCCACCGCAGUCCCACUACUAGCUGCCACGAUCGGCCCCCUCGCCAAUGUCUCCUCACUUGCGGCCCUAGUCAAUCCUUGGACAGCAAUCGUCUUCAUCAACGGAGAGUUUGUCCCUCAAUAUAACGGUAUCAACAUUAAAGAUCCCUCCUGGAUCUAUUGGCUUAACGUAGGGAGCUUGGUUUGUGGUUUUAUAGGGAACGUGUUCCUCUUGCUAAACUUUACUCAACGGGUGCGAUACCUCAUUGCGCUACCUAUGACCAUCUUCUUUUGGUACCUUGCAACCGGUUUGCUCAUGGGUAUCACCCUCUCCAUGAACAUCUAUGCGCCGCCCAGCCGCCCGGAUCAAAUCUACACCCAGGCCUACUGGUAUGCAGUUUCAGCCGCGGUCUUCUACAUGUUCUGCUCCAUUAUCCUCAUGAUCAACAUGUUUGGCUACUUCCGAGGCCAUUACCCGAGCGAAUUCAAGUUGACCGACGCCCAGCGGACCCUCAUCCUGCAGACAAUGGCCCUCUUUAUCUGGCUGGCCGGAGGAGCAGGCGUCUUCUCCGCCAUAGAGCAGGAAGCAGGCCAAACGGGUUGGCAGUUUUCAGACGCACUGUACUUUUGCGACGUGACAAUAUUGACGGUUGGCUUCGGCGACCUCUCCCCCACGACCAGCCUAGGCCGAGGUCUCAUCUUUCCCUACGCCGUCGGUGGCAUCAUCAUUCUAGCCUUGGUCAUCUCCUCAAUUUACAAAUUUAUGAGGCAGAUGUCGACUGAGAAUAUCGUCCAGAAGAGGGUGCACUGCAUGCGGGAACGUACCCUUCAACGAACGGUCAGCAGCUCCUUCGAUCUCCGAGCUCGCGAACACGAAGUCCAUCACUUGAUACGCAACCGCAGUGUCAGGGACAGAAAGAUCAGCAGGCCCUAUCAAUUGCGGGAAUGGAGGAGGAAAAUCCUCGAUUCUACGCCGAACCCCUUGAGCACGGUCCGCCAACCUCCUCCCAUCAUCAUGCGCGAGGAGAAGGAUCGGUUCGAUGCCAUGAGACACAUACAGCAACGCGCUCACAGGCUGAAGAAAUGGGGCGCAGUGACGUUCUCAAUCAUCGCGUUCACCAUUCUGUGGUGCAUAGGCGCCGUGGUGUUUUGGAGAUGCGAGAGAACGGUUCAGUCAAUGUCUUAUUUCAAUGCGCUCUACUUCUGCUACAUCUCCCUCCUGACCAUUGGCUAUGGAGACAUAGCGCCGAAGUCCAACGCGGGACGUUGCUUCUUCGUCAUCUGGAGUGUCAUUGCAGUGCCUACCAUGACAGUACUCGUGUCACAUCUGGGAGACACCGUUGUAGCGAAGUUCAAGAGGUGGUCCAGUGCACUGGCCGACUUCACCGUCCUCCCAAAGCAAGGCAUAUGGCGCAACUUCCUCAACAAGCAUCCGUGGCUUCUAGCCCGGAUCCAGAGUAAGGAGGAGGCCCGUGCCUUGAAGAAGAGGGUCGAACGAGGGUUCGAGACUUUGGAUCCUGAGGCAGCUGUCGGGAGUGAUGGGCGGAGCUUUGAACGGGUUGAUGCAGCGAUCCCACCCCAAGGCGACACCCCGGGCGUGGAUGGCGGGGAGAGGCCGGCGGUUCGGGUCCUGGAGGCUGAACAUGAUAUUCAACAUGUGCCUUCGCCUCAAGAGCUAUCUCGCCGGUUGGCGGAGUGCAUCAACGAUGUGGCCGGCCAUCUCUGUCUGCCGACGCCGAAGAGUUAUUCGUGGGACGAAUGGUUCUCGUUUAGUCAGCUGAUCCGGCUGUCCUGGGAGAAUGCAGACGAAGAGGAAGGCGUCUUCGUCGAAUGGGACUGGAUCGGCGAGGACAGCCCGUUGGUCAGUGGUCUGACUGAGAGUCAGUGGCUGCUGAACCGGCUGUGCGAGGCUUUGAUAAGGGUGGCGAAGAGGAGAGAACGGGAAAUGCUGCUUCCGGAGAGGCAGGCAUACGCUGAUGAAGGGAGAAGGCACCGAUCUGACGAGAGAGCCAGUGCAAGUGGUAGUAGCGAUGGGAAGAAGGAGAGAGGGAAGAAGGAGAAGGAGAAGGAGAAGGAGAAGGAGAAGGAGAAGGAGAAGGAGAAGGAGAAGGAGAAGGAGAAGGAGAAGGAGAGGAUGGACUAUGAAAACCAGGGGGAAGGUCGGGGUGUUGAUGAAGGUAGAGCCGUGGAAUCGUUGCCCUGAACGCCGCUACCACUUUCCUGCGUUUGUCUUCGGCACGUGAAAAUAUCUCGUGUCUGGUUAUUUCUGUAACUACAACUAAUUUAUUUU